GCGCUGUGCCCCGCCAUGUGCGCGGGAGGAGAGGCAUGUCCCCGCCCCGCCGCACCGCCUCCCGCCCGCCUGCCAGCCGGCACCGGCGGAGGGGAGCGGCGCCGGGCGCGGAGCUCCCCAGCCCCACUAUGCCCGCGGCCGUGCCCCCGCCCCGGCGGGGCCCCGCGGGGCCGCCCGCUCUCCGGCGCUGAGGCCGCGGCCGCACCUGCGAGCGGCAUCGCCGGGGGGGGCGCGCAGCCUCCGCCGCGCCCCGUCUGCUGCGCGGCCGCUGGGGCGCCCGCAGCGGCGCCUCUCCCGCCUCUCCACCCGCCCCGUCGCCAAGCGGGAGCCGCCAGCGGUGCGAGCGGAGCCGGAGCCGGGGCAGCCUCCGCCGCCCGCGCUGCCCCCCGUGUCGCCGCCCUGCCCACCCUUCCCCACCUCCGUCCCGCCCAAGCCAUGAACUUUGGCCGCGGCCCCUCGGUUGUGUUGAACGUCGGGGGCACCCGGUACUCCUUUUCCCGGGAGGUGCUGAAGGAUUUUCCGCUGCGGCGGGUGAGCCGCUUGCACGGCUGCCUCUCGGAGCAGGACGUGCUGGAGGUGUGCGACGACUACGACCGGGAGCGGAACGAAUACUUCUUCGACCGGCACUCGGAGGCUUUCGGCUUCAUCAUGCUGUACGUGCGGCACGGCCACCUGCGCUUCGUGCCGCACAUGUGCGAGCUCUCCUUCUACAACGAGAUGAUCUACUGGGGGCUGGAGGGCUCCCACCUCGACUACUGCUGCCAGCGCCGCCUCGACGACCGCAUGUCCGAGACGUGCACCUACUACUCGGCAGAGGAGCCGCCCGGGGAGGCGGCCAGCGGCCCCGAGGGCAACGGCCGGCGGCCGCCGGGAUCCGAGGGCGGGAAGUGGCUGGAGAGGAUGAGGAGGACUUUCGAGGAGCCCACGUCUUCCGUGGCCGCACAGGUGUUGGCCACUGUCUCCAUCCUCUUUGUCAUCGUGUCCAUGGUGGUGCUGUGCGCCAGCACCCUGCCCGAGUGGCGGGCGCCGGAGAACCGCAGCAUGGAGGAGCACAGCAGGUACACAGCAGAGUCAGUGAGGGAGCCCUCAGGGAUAAUUGAAGCUAUCUGCAUAGGCUGGUUCACUGCAGAAUGCAUUGUGAGGUUCAUCGUCUCCAAAAACAAGUGUGAGUUUGUCAGAAGACCUCUCAACAUCAUUGAUUUACUGGCAAUUACUCCUUACUACAUCUCUGUUCUCAUGACAGUUUUCACAGGGGAAAAUUCGCAGCUUCAGAGGGCUGGAGUCACCUUGAGGGUCUUAAGAAUGAUGAGGAUUUUUUGGGUGAUUAAACUGGCUCGUCAUUUCAUUGGCCUUCAAACUCUUGGUCUGACUCUGAAGCGUUGUUACAGAGAGAUGGUGAUGCUACUUGUCUUUAUCUGUGUUGCUAUGGCAAUUUUCAGUGCACUCUCCCAGCUUCUUGAAAAUGGGCUGGACUUGGGAACAAAGAAUAAGGAUUAUGCCAGCAUUCCUGCUGCUUGCUGGUGGGUGAUCAUCUCGAUGACCACGGUUGGUUAUGGUGACAUGUGUCCCAUCACUGUACCAGGAAGGAUUCUUGGAGGAAUUUGUGUGGUUAGUGGCAUCGUUUUAUUAGCCUUGCCGAUCACUUUCAUUUAUCACAGCUUUGUGCAAUGUUACCAUGAGCUCAAGUUCCGAUCCGCUAGGUACAGUAGAAGCCUUUCUGCCGAAUUCUUAAACUGACCAAAAUUGCAUUCUGUUGUAGUUACUUGCUAAGCUUUGUCUUAGAUGAGAAUGGUGGAAGGUCCCUUCACGUGUCCUCCUUGACUGGAUGGUCCUAUGGAACAACACUCUUGCCAGCCUGGAGAAAGCCCAUCACCAUUCAGACAGGAAGGAUGGCCAUCUGCCUUGGGCACCUUGCAGGGAGAGGGAGUCAUGUUUCAAGUUUGAGAGAACAAAAUUAGCAAAAGAGGAUUCAGAAGUCCUCAACCAGACCAGUUUGGUCUCUGGAUUCCCUUUCCAUACAAAAGCAGAACAAAAAAUGGGCUUAACGCUGAGAUCUGUCAUUCCCAUAAUGACAUCCUAUACCAUUCUAAGCAACCUGUAGCAGAAGUUUUUCAGAGAUUUCAAAAUCUAAAUGCUCCACAGAGGCACUAAUGACUCUUUGCCUGAACUAUCUCUGCUUUUAACUCCAAUAACCAAAUUAGAUACUGAAGGAGAAUUACUGCAACUUUUGAGCUUCGCAACACAGCAGAGCUGGUUCUGUAACUCAGGAAAGAUGAAGAAUAUAGGUCUGUAGGACAAAAAGUCUUGAGGCCUGAUUCUGAUCUUUGAUGAAGCACACAAAUCUUCAGGAAAACCAGUGAAGUCAAUGGCAUUGCUCAGAAUUUGAUAAUUCAAAGAAGUACACCUCUGAAUGUUGUAGCAAGGACUUCCUUAGCCACAAUUAAUUUCUUUUCUGGAACCAAAUUGUUAGUAGAUGCAAGUGGUGUACUUUAUAAAGAUCAGCAUAAAAAAAUCAGGCAUUGAUAAAUAUAUUUUCUGGUAGUUUAGUGGGGGAACUAUCCAAAUUUUACCUACGGUCAGUUCAAGUCCAUCCAUCUGAGGUUGCAUACUCAUAGCACAUAUUUCUUUUCCUCCUGCUCAUUUAAUUAAACACAAAUAUCAUAGAUUAUAACACUUCAUCACUUGAAACAGUCUGGAGAAAGUGCUGGAAAAUAGGAGUAGCUGUUCCCCAUCAGAUGAGACUCUUCAUGAUCUUUUAAUUCUGCAAUCCUUACAGAAGGAUACAAUUUAAUAGAAGUUUUAAAAACAACUGUAAAAAGCCCAGAGCAUACCAAAGAAUGUAAAAUAUAGAAGUGCGAGUUGUACUUGGCAAAAUGGUAUAUUCUCCAAUGUAACCAGAAAAUUAAAAUGAAUCAAGUUAGGUUCUGAAAUAUUGUUCACUACAUUUCUUGUGUAGUACUGCUUAAUAGCGUCAUUCAGUAUAAUUCUGAAAGGCUGCUACGUAGAAAUGUGCCGUUAGAUACUAAAACACAUUAAGGUGCAGCUUUGCAAAUCUGGCUACCAAUAAACAUCAACAGGGAGCUUUCUUAUUAACAGGAAGGUUCAGAGUCAUCAGCAUAGUUGAAUUUGGUAUGCUUGCCUGAAAAUACUGCAUUUAUUAGUACUGUGCUGUAGAAGCAUCUUUUAUAAACUUAUUUGUUAAAAGCUUUAGAAGUGAAACGAGUACCACCUAGAAAACACAUCUCCGGAGUUGCUCACUCAAAUAAAAGUACCACAUUGGUCAGUAACCAACAUUGAAGGCUCUACCCUGAGAGCUGAAAAAUUCAUUAUCAUUUUAAGUGGUCGUAGCCUUAAAGAAUUACAUUGCAAAUGCAAUUUUUUUUUUCUGAAGACCUGAAAAGAAUUUAAGUAGCCUUCUUGCAGACAAGCUUGACUUUACCUUCAAUAGUUUUUCAAGACUACAUCAUUAAGUGAUGUUACAGCUGUACCUCUGUUUCUUGCCACUGAUGCAUCCUGGUGUUCAGGUUAGCUCCUCUGUAGUUCCCUGUACUACUGUAUUUAUUCCUUUUAUAUCAGAACCACGUCAUUCAGAAACUGGCUCCAGCAUUCCACAGAGAGGUGAAAAUGAGAUAAGCAAAAAUUUCUGUCUAAGGUGAGAUUCACAGCUGAUGUUCGUUAGCUAAGUUGUGACUUCACACCAGUGGAGAUGCUGGCUCUGUAUUCCUGCAUGUGUACCUAUAUAUAUCCUGCAUAUAUUAUAUAUUAUAGUCAGACAAUUUUUUUUUCUUCUCACAAAAAAUUUCUUCCUUGACUAAACUGAAAUUUCAGACUUAAAUCCAAACACAGCUGUUGGAGAAAAUGACAUUUUCAUCUUUUAAUGAAAAGUUCAUGUUGACAGAAUCAAAACUGGUUUUUAGGAGGAAAACGCCCCCCCCCCCUUUUUUUUUUCCUAUUAAAAAUAGGUAAAAAUCCACAAACAACCAACUCCCCCCCUGCCAACCAACACAUAAGAACUUAGCCCUACAGAUUUUCUUAUGCUGUUUUUAACGCUUGGGAAACUUACUUUGUCUUUUGUCCAUGUCCAUGUAUUGGUUUAACCAAACCAAUACUCUGAGAUACAACCCUCCUCCCUCAAGACGCCCAAACCGUCAUCACAACCACAAUAGUUCGAAAUCCAUACAGAAUGUGAAUAUACUUUAGAGUACGUUGCAAUCUUGAUUUCAAGACAAAAUAAAAAGCAUUUCAGCACUACCCAUAAAUCUAAUUUUUAGAUGCCCGUACAAAGGGAAAAAUAGAAAUGAUGGCAUAUAAUAACUUCUGAAUAGCAAUUUGUACCAUGAAUCAUUUUGUAUAAGCAAUUAAGGUCAGGAAGUUUUCAAAGAUUUAGGGUAUAUGUGGUAUACAAACAAAAUGUUUGUUCCUUUAUAAAGUGUUUUCCAGCUAAAGAAUCCUUUCCCAGUGUAAAAAAAUUAUGUAAUGAAAAUAAUUGUGUAAAGGAAUAAGUCUGUGGAGAUGAUCUUAAGUUGUACUUUUUUUUUAAUUAACAGUUUAUGUUCACUUUUUAUAUGGCAAAAUGUGAACAGAAUAACCAAUGUAUUUUUCAAUUUGAGUUACAAUAAAAUAUUAUUUUGAAACUGCUCUCUAUAUAA